AUGCUUUCUCUCGUCUCCCUCACUCUCGCUUUAUCAGCAUGCCAGGCAUUGACUUUGCCUGUCCGCUGGUCCAAUGAGACGUUUUCUCCUCUGGCCUCCAGCGGCAUAGUGUCCUCGACUCCGCUACUGCUGGUCCUGCUGGUCCCCUUGUCCAGUGCUCCCCUGCUGGCUCCAUUGUCCAGUGCUCCGGAGGUCAGUUCUGUGGUUCAGCUUCCCAGCUCCAGCGCUCCUUCAGAUUCGCCAGGCAGCUCUCUGGCUCCACCUUCUGGAAGCAGCUCGGCUCCAGCUUCUGCUCUGUCGCAGCCAGGCCAGUCUUCAGAGCCACAAUCCUCGGCUCCACCUUCCAGCAGCUCUAACUCUGGAAGCUCCAAUGGGCCUUCCGCUAGUUCCCUGGCUCCUAAGGAAAGCUCGGAUAGCUCCCCGGCUCAGCCUUCCGAAAGCAACUCGCUGCAGCCUUCCGAGAGCGCUUCGAGCCCUGGCAGCUCUUCUAACCAGCCUAGUAGUGCUUCCAACGAAAUAAGCAGAUCCUCGAUCCUGCCCAGCAGCUCCUCAAGCCAGAUCACUUCUUCGGCUCAACCUUCCCAAAGCGCUUCGUCCCAGCCUUCUGGAAGCUCCUCCCAGCCUUCUGGAAGUGCCUCUGGUCAGCCCAGUGCUUCUUCUGAGCAGCCUAGUGGAAGUGCUUCUUCUGGCCAGCCUACUGAAAGCAAGGCGCCAAGUCUGUCUUCCGAAAGUGGUUCUGCUCAACCUUCCGAGAGCAAUUCGUCAAACCAGCCUUCCCAGAGUAACUCCUCGAAUCAGCCUUCCCAGAGUAACUCCUCGAAUCAGCCCCCUGAAAGCAGCUCAAGUCAACCUUCUAGCAACGCUCCCAAUGAGCCUUCUAGCAACGCUUCAAGUGAACCCUCGAGCAACUCGUCAGGUCAACCUUCUCAGAGUGCUUCAGAACCCUCUGGCAUUUCUUCUGCUCAGCCCUCAGAAACUGCUUCUUCCAACCAGCCAUCUGUGACUGGCUCCUCGGACCAACCUUCUGUGAGCAAUGUCAUUCAGCAGCCCUCCCAGAGCAUUUUUAAUGAGCCAGACAGAUCCAGUGGUCCUUCCGAAAGCGCUUCUUCAAACCAGCCUGAGAGUAACUCCUCAAACCAGCCAUCUGAUGCCUCUUCUGUUCAGCCUUCCGGCAGCGAAUCCUCGAACCAGCCUUCUGAGAGCAUUACAUCGAACCAGCCUUCUGAAAGCAAUGCCUCCUCGAACCAACCCUCUGAUACAAACUCCUUGAACCAACCUUCCGAAAGUGCCGUUUCGAACCAACCUUCCGAGAGUAAUACUGCGAGUCAACCUUCUGGAAGCCCCUCCGAGAGCAAUGCAUCGAUUCAGCCUUCUGAAAGUAAUGCCUCGAUUCAGCCCUCUGACGCUUCGGCUCCGGUUCAACCUUCUGAGGGCAACGCUUCGGUUCAGCCCUCUGAAAUCAACUCAAAUCAACCUUCGGGAAGCAUCCCUGCUCAGCCCACCGAGAGCAAUGCGUCAGACCCACCCGUGGAUAGCAGCAUUGCCCAGAUUCCAUCUGGUGAAAUCCCUCAGGGUCCUUCUGACAGCGGCUCCAUGGCUCCAACCGGAAGCGAAACUAUGACUCCGGCUCCUACCGACAUGAACUCGUCAAACCAGGCUCCUACUGGCGGAAACUCUUUUGGACUGGAACCAACCGACAGCUCUCCGAACAACGCUCCUUCUCAAACUGACGACUCCAGUCCAACUCAAAGUGGUUCUCUGGAGCCAACGAGUGAGGACUCUUUUGCACACAUUCCAACUGAUCCAGCCUGCGAUUCUCAGGCUCCUAGCUGUGUGGUCCAGGCUCCUACCGACUCUGAACAGGCUCCUGGCAGUUCCAUCGAUCAGGCUCCAAAUGAGAGCAACUUCUCCCAAGCUCCUACUGAUGGCAGCUCUGUUCAAGCUCCAACCGAGGCUCCAACCAACUCUGAAAACCAGACACCCACUGAGCUUCCACCUACCCAGACUGACCCCUCGAAUGGAAGUCCAACGAACGUUGAUUCUUCCAACCAGGCUCCAACGAGUGUUGAGUCCGUCAACCAGGCUCCUACUGAAACCACCAACGUGAACCAAGACCCUGUGGGUGCCACCUCGACCCAGGCUGCAACUGAGGAUCUAUGGGAUUCGGCUCCUACCAACAGCCCAUCUGAACCAGACCAGCCUGAGAAUCCAGACCAGCCUGAGAAUCCAAACCAACCGGAAAAUCCAGACCAGCCUGAAGAUCCUUACACGAACCAGUCCCCAGAGGAAAGCACCCCUCCAGCCGACAGACACACUACUUCGCCAGACUCUCCUGCUACUCAGCCAUGGAAUUCACCUGACGAUGUGUACACCACCACCGUUAACGGAGACAACGACAGACCUCAUGCCGGUACUACCGUGGCCACCACGGUUGUGGAAACAGUCUACUUCACCCAGGGUCAAGGCCCCCAGGAACCCCAGCAGACUGAUGCCAACCCAGGAAGCUCUCCUACAGACACUGGUGAUACUCCAGACCAGAAUCCCGGUAACGGCCCUGACAACGGCAACAAUGGAUUUGACGGCAACGAGGGCAAUGGGAACGAUGGAAACAACUCCAAUAACGACUCGGGAAACAACGGCAACAACUUCAACAAUGGCGGAAAUGACGGCUCCGGUAGCGGCCCGGGAGACAACAAUGACCACCAAGACGGAUCUGGUGGUAAUGACGGGCCUUCAGGAAAUAACAAUCCUUCGAACCCUGAUGCUCCAGGCAGCUCUCCUGACCAAUCACCUGGUAACUCGCCAGACAACGCUCCUGGUAACUCGCCAGACAACGCUCCUGGUAACUCGCCAGACAACGCUCCUGGUAACUCGCCAGACAACUUUGGAAACAACCCGGGCCAAGCUCCAGAUGCUCCGGGUGAUUCUCCACAAAACAGCCCAGGCUACCCUGCACCUCCAACUACCCUGGCGUUCAGUCCUGUUACGGUCCAGCCAAUUCAGUCCACCCAGGGCCCUGCAACCACUCCUCCACCUGUCCUUCACUCCACAAGGAGCGGUUAUGGUCACAACAGCACAUCCAUCGUUUCUGCUGUUAGAUUCAAUUCCACCAUGCCUGCAAACUAUACCAUUCCUUCGACCUCAUUGGCUCCGGUGACAUCAAGUGCCAGUGAGCCUUCCGCGCUGGACCUGGGACGCUUCUGGUUUUGA